AUGCAUCAGCAGCAGAACUUCUUCGACGGCUUUCCUGGCUUUGACUACGACCCGACGGCGCCGAUCAGCGAAGAGUUCAAGCGCCUGGGCAAGACUCAGAAGUGGAAGCCGGAGGCGAAGAUCUGGAAGACAAACUGGCGACUCUGCAUGGAUGCGGAGUAUCACCGUCUCAUUGGAGGUCGAGCGACCAGUCUCAAACACUGGCAGCUCAUGUGUGAUAAGCUUGGCAUCGCGGGCGAGUUCACCUCGAUCCGCAAGUGCAAAACGGCCUUGUCCCGCGUCUAUGUGAACAUCAUCGACCUACUCGAGUGCUGGGAGACGGACAGAUCCCCCCGGCUGUUCCUGAAUGCCGGGCAGCUGGCAGCCUACUGCAAGGACCACCAUAAGUUCUUCCGCCGGAACAUUGCCAAGCAGGACAAGAUCCUGCGAGUACUCCUGAAGCGCCUCCUAUGA